AGCGUCAUCCCAAUAAAUCAACUUGCAUCGAGAACUGAUCAUGGUGAAAUCAGAACAAUAACCAGUCUCAAAUGCCAACAUGGCACUGUUAGCACCAUUGAAGGCAAUUGCCGUCUUAGUACCAGCUCUGGCAGUGGUAUAUGGCCUUCUUCAAACCGGCCUCUGGCAGUUGAACGGCAAAAGCGGCCAGACGAUAGCGACGUCAGAACCCAAAACAUACACCCUCUCCAAUGAUCCCGUAGUAGUGUAUGUGAAAGAUUUCGUUAGUGAACAGGAAGCUGCUCACCUUGUUGAACUUGCCAAGGGGGGAUUUGCGCCGUCGCCCAUGUGGGACAAUGACGGCAAGCCACAUAUAGACAAGGCAUAUCGGCUCUCGAUGACCGCUAAGUUAGACCGCACUGAUAUGGUCAUUAAAAGGCUUGAGGAUCGAGCACGAUCUUUCCCAUUCUACAAGAACCUGGGUGACUUCAUGCCAAUAGUGGUGCAAAACUAUGGUAUUGCCGGUCAAUAUCGCGAUCACUAUGACUGGUUCGAUGACGCUCAUGCUGUUGGUGGAAAUAUUGCUUCGACUUUUUUUGUAUAUAUCCAUGCAAACUGCACCGGAGGCGGGACCAACUUUGCUCGACUUACUCCUCCAAAUGAUGACGAUGAGUCUUGGUGUGAGUUCAUUGACUGCGACCGCCCGCUGGAUGAAGGUGUCACUUUUAAGCCAAUUCUGGGAAAUGCGAUUUACUGGGAAAAUCUGCAUGCGGACGAUAGUGGUCAUGUACUUACAUUGCAUGCAGGAAUGCCUGUCACAUCUGGAAAUAAGAUGGGAAUGAACAUGUGGACCUGGAAGACGACAUAGCUUUGAUAUUUAAUUUGCAAUUUUAGACCCGUCAGUUCAAGCUAUUCAAAAUAUCAUAUAGAGCCAGCAUUCGAAUUUCAAUAUAUGUAAGGGCCGAGGGUUUAUGCCAUAUGGCAAUCACUCGACCCUGAUCUCUCUUUA